AUGGUUUAUAAUGAUGAUGAGGUAAAGAGAUAUUUUGAUUUGAGAAUUUGGGUGUAUGUGUCACCUGAUUUUAAGGUGAAGAGGGUAAUCAAAGCAGCAAUUGAGUCUGCAACUCGGAGCAAAUGUGACUUGGAGGAGUUGGAUGCUUUGCAGUUUAAACUAUGGGACAUAUUACACAAGAGAAAAUUCCUUCUUGUGCUUGACGAUGUUUGGAAUGAAAAUGAGGAUGAAUGGGAUAAACUGAGGCCAUUAUUCAGCUACGGUUUCGAUGGAAGUAGGAUUCUGGUCACUACUCGUUCUCAAAAGAUCGCUAUGAUUAUAGGUCCUUCUAACCUGGCAUAUCAUUUGAAGGGCUUAUGCAAAGAAGAUUGCUGGGCACUAUUCAGGAAACGAGCUUUUCUUGAUCAACUAGAAGAAGAAAACCAUCCAAACCUUGUGGUAGUUGGAAAAGAAUUAGUCAAGAAAUGCCGAGGUUUACCCUUAGCUGCAAAAGUUCUUGGAGGCCUCAUGCGCUUCAAAAAAGAGGAGACAGAUUGGUUGCACGUGCAAAACAGUGAUCUCUGGAAGUUGAGAGAUUACAGAGAUGGAGUUUUCCCUGCUCUACUUGUAAGCUACCUGCAUUUGCCUGCUCAUCUCAAACAUUGCUUUGUAUUUUGCUCGAUAUUUCCAAAAAAUCAAGAAUUUGAGAGGAAGAAUAUAAUUCACAUGUGGAUGGCACAUGGCUUUAUCCUCUCAGAUGGAGAAGGCAAGGCGUUGGAAGAUAUCGGGAACGAGUAUUUCAAUGAGCUGCUCUGGAUGUCUGUAUUUGAAGAAAUUAAAGAAUGUGAAGGUGGUCCUGUAAGAGGGUACAAGACCAAUGAAACUUUCUACAAUCUUGCAAGAUUCAUGGGUGGGAAAGAAUUCUUGGUACUAGAGCAAGGACUUGGACAAAAUAGUGUUCCACAAGUUCGUCAUGCAUCAGUUUUGCCUGAAUACAGCUACAGGCCACCUCUCAUUCCAGAAGCCUUGCGUCAAUCUAAGCAUUUGCGAACUCUCCUCGUGUUUUCAGAAGGUGGGCUUCCCACAGCACCCUCCCAUAUCUUUUCCAGUUUUGUCCACUUGCGGGUGCUGACGCUGAGUGGAUGUCACACAGAGCUGCCUGCGUCGAUUGUUGAACUUUCACUUCUGAGGUACCUUGAUCUGUCCAAUAGUCAUUUCCACAGUUUACCUUUCGCUAUCUCUUCCCUCUGCUCUUUACAGGUACUGAAUUUACUUGGUUGCUAUAACCUUAAAGUCUUGCCCCCAUUAAGUCGAAUUACUGGCCUGAGGCACCUUGACAUAAGUGGAUGCGAAGCACUUGCAGAGAUACCAUAUGGUAUUAGAAACUUGGUUUACCUGCAGACUUUGCCAAUAUAUAUAGUACCCAAAAACCUCCCACAGUUUAGAGUUAAAGACCUACGGUUCAAGAAUCUGAAGCUUAAUAUCCAAACAGAUGCUUCGCAUUUAAUAGAAACAGUCGAAUUAGGAAGUUUGUUUGAACUACAGCAUUUGGAUCUCCGAGGUGGGUUGAAAAUUAAGCAGCUUGAACAUGUACGUGAUGUUGAGGAAGCUAAAGCAGCUAAUCUGAUAAGUAAAGCACAUUUAAAUUCACUGGGGCUCUGUUGGGGCCAUGAGGGAUCAGAUUCCAUCAUGAAUCCUGCUUUAGGAGCAAAUGCAGUUAGAUUUCAAGAGCAAAAACCUCUCUUACCAGGGUCUGCAGGACCAUCAGAUCCAGAGGGUCCUGAAGCUUGUGCAACUACUUCUGAUCCGCACUUCGCAGCAGAAACUAUGGCAAGCCUCGAGCCGCAUAAAAACCUCAAGAACUUGUUUGUAGUAGGGUACCCAGGAUUCAAGUUCCCGUGCUGGAAUCUUCCAAACCUGAUGAAGAUGGUCCUGAUAAACUGUGAAGGAUGUGUGGAUCUUCCCAUUCUUGGUCAUCUUCCACUUCUCAAAUCACUGCACAUGGAAGGGAUGAGUAAAAUUACAUUCAUUGGUGAGGAAUUCUAUGGUGAUGAUGUUACAGUAAUAUCAUUUCCAUCGCUGCAAGAACUUUUUAUGGGAGAAUUUGCAAGUUUGAGUGAGUGGUCGAGCCCGGAUGGCAAAGAAGUAUUCCCAAAACUCAGCAAACUCAUUCUCAGAAAUUGCCAAAACCUUGUAUCCAUCCCAUCGUUAGUGUCUCUGAAGCAUUUGGAGCUUCACAAUUGCAAGUCAGCAAUAUUAACAUGCAUGGAAGAAUUAUCCCAACUCACAACCCUGGUAAUUGACGGGUUCCCUGAGCUGAUAUCAAUACCUGAAAAGUUGCUGAGAGACAAGCCUCAUCUGGCGUGUCUAAAGAUAAUCUCUUCUCCUAAACUUCGGUCCCUCUUUCCAGAAUUUAGUGGCCUGAAUUCCCUUAGGUCCCUCACCAUUCGCUGGUGCGAGGAGCUCCAAAUGCUGCCACAUGGUUUUCAAAAUCUCACUAGUUUGGAGUCUCUGGAGAUAAGUGAUUGCCACAGUCUGAUCUCACUGUCAGAGAACGUGAUAGGGCAUUUGAGAUCUCUACAAACCUUGUCUAUUGAGAACUGCAGUAGCCUGACUUCAAUAUCAAUCGGAUCUCAGCAUCUCACAUCCUUGGAGUACUUGGCCAUUAUGUAUUGUCCAAGCCUAGCUGCUUUUCCUGAAAAUCCUGAGCAUCUUUCUGCUCUCAAGAGUUUGGCCAUUAUCAGUUGCCCUCUGAUAGAAUUUUUGCCUGACGGGAUCAAGCAUGCCACAGCAUUGCGGAGCUUGGAGAUACGUAGCUGCCCAAGAAUCAAGAGUUGCCUGAGUGGUUAG